CCGACGAAAUGUUGUCUCGCGGUUUUAAAGAACAAAUCUAUGAUGUUUUCCAACUUCUUCCUCCUAGCACUCAAGUAGUUCUUUUGUCGGCCACGAUGCCAGCUGAUGUUUUGGAAGUAACUACUAAGUUUAUGCGUGAGCCUGUCAGAAUUUUGGUUAAACGAGAUGAACUUACUUUGGAAGGUAUUAAGGCAAGUACUCCUUUGCGAAUUAACAUAUAUGCAUGCACUGUUGAAAAGGAAGAUUGGAAGCUUGAUACCCUUUGUGACCUUUAUGAGACUGUUACCAUCACUCAGGCCGUUAUCUUUUGUAACACGCGAAGAAAAGUUGAUUGGCUAACUGACAAGUUGCAUGCUCGCGAAUUUACGGUGUCUGCCAUGCAUGGUGAUAUGGACCAAGCUCAACGUGAUGUUAUCAUGAAAGAGUUUCGUUCGGGUUCUUCUCGUGUUCUUAUCACCACCGAUCUUUUAGCUCGUGGUAUAGACGUCCAACAAGUAUCACUGGUCAUUAAUUAUGAUCUUCCUACAAAUCGCGAAAAUUACAUUCACCGUAUUGGUAGGGGUGGUCGGUUUGGUAGGAAAGGUGUCGCCAUCAAUUUCGUUACGGCAGAGGAUGUUAGAAUGCUUCGCGAUAUAGAACAAUUUUACAACACACAAAUCGACGAAAUGCCCAUGAAUGUGGCGGAUUUGAUUUAA